AUGAAAUCUUUGUAUUAUGAUAGACAAUUACCUCAAUCUAUGAAUAUUAGUAAGCGAAGUGGUAGCACAAAUACGUCACUAGAUGAAUCGGCAAAACAUUUCGAACGACCCGAAAUAACUUCAAACCGACAAAGCAGAUUCUUGAACGACAAAAAAAAGCAUUUCCAAAAAUAUUCAACUGCGCGUGGUCGCCGCUGGCCACGCCUCACUCUGCUGCUCAGCGACGAGCCUCCGGGUGGGAGGCCGCGCGCGGACGUAUACGCCGAGGUAUUGCGCGCCAUCGAGCGAAACGCGGAGGAGGCGAAUGUUGGCGUCGAGAUCGCGCACAACGAAUACUUUCUGUACGAGGAAACGUCCGAGCCAAACCGCAGCUGGGUCCCGGUGGGGCAGCUGGUCGCCACGUCGUUGCGGCCGCCGGACGGCCGACACGAGUGGCUCACGUUCGUCGAGGUCGUCGACCCCGCGGGUGAGUUCCAGCGGUGGCUCGCGGCGGCGGCGGCAGAGACUAGCGUUGGGUGGGUGCAGAACGCGUGGAGCGCGGUGGUGAGCGCCGCGGCGCUGCUGACGCUGGCGGCGAUGUGCGCGCUGUGCUGUCACCGCGUCCGCACCCGUGCGCCCGCCCUGUCGGCGCCCGUGCUGUCGGCGGCGGACUUCUCGUUUCCGGCGGAGGAGAGGCGCGUUGGCGAGGGCAUGGAGAGCAUGGCCAGCUGGCUGCAGCGGCUGCCCGGCUGCGGCGCCCCGCUCCCCGCCGCGCCCUCCUCUACCUGCAGUGUGACGCGCCUCGCGUCGGACCGUCGCACUCUGUACAAGGGCGAGCCGGUGCACGUGCGGGCGGUGCCGGACGGGGCGGGCGGUGCAGGCGGGUCGCUGCGCCGGCGCGCCGCUGACCUGCUUCUAGUGCUGCAGGCGCUGCGUCAUGACAACGUCAACCCCUUCAUAGGUUGGCUGGCGGAGGCGCGGGGCGUGCGGGGCGUGCGCGGAGCGCUAGUGUUCGCAGCGUGCGCGCGCGGCUCGCUGGAAGACGUGCUGGUGGCGGACGACAUCCCACUGGACUGGACGUUCCGGCUGUCCCUGUUAACGGACCUGGUGCGUGGCAUGCGAUACCUGCACGCUUCGCUGCUACGCGUCCACGGCCGCCUCUCGUCGCGUAACUGCGUCGUGGACGCGCGCUGGGUGCUGCGCGUAACUGACUACGGCGUACCGGCGUUCGCACACGCGCAGGCCCUGCCUCUGCCGACGCGCUCAGCCAGAGAGCUGCUGUGGACGGCACCCGAGCUGCUGCGCUCCGGGGGGAACGCGGGGGGUACGCAGGCAGGAGACGUGUUCUCCUUCGCGAUCAUCAUGCAGGAGGUGAUCGUGCGCGGCGAGCCCUACUGCAUGCUGCAGCUGACGCCGGAAGAGAUCGUGGAGAAGCUGCGCCGCGGGCCGCCGCUGGUGCGACCGUCGGUGUCGCUGGGUGCUGCGCCGCCCGACGCCGUGCGUGCCAUGCGCCAGUGCUGGGCGGAGUCACCGGCGAUGCGGCCCGACUUCGCGCGCCUCUACCACCAGUUCCGGCUCAUGCACCGCGGCCGGAAGAUCAACAUUGUCGACUCCAUGUUCGAGAUGCUAGAGAAGUACAGCAAUAAUUUAGAAGAACUUAUAAAAGAAAGAACGGAGCAGUUGGAUUUGGAGAAAAAGAAAACCGAACAACUUCUAAACAGAAUGUUGCCGAGGCCGGUGGCGGAACGCCUGGUGCUGGGGUUGCGAGUUCCGCCCGAGGAGUUCGAGGAGGUGACCAUCUACUUCAGUGACAUCGUGGGCUUCACGGCGCUAGCGGCGCGCAGCACGCCCGUGCAGGUAGUGGACCUGCUCAACGACCUCUACUCCUCGUUCGACGCCGCCAUCGAGCGCUACGGCGUAUACAAGGUGGAGACGAUCGGGGACGCGUACAUGGUGGUGGGCGGGCUGCCGGAGCGCGCACGCGAUCACGCCGAGCGCGUGGCCAGCAUGGCGCUGCGCCUGCUGCACCUGGCGGGCCGCUUCCGCAUCAGACACCUGCCCGCCGCACCGCUACACCUGCGCAGCGGGCUGCACUCGGGGCCCUGCUGCGCCGCCGUCGUCGGCCUCACCAUGCCGCGCUACUGCCUCUUCGGCGACACCGUCAACACCGCCUCGCGCAUGGAGUCCACUGGUGCGGCGUGGCGCGUGCAGGUGUCGGCGGCGACGGCGGCGCGGCUGACGGCGGCCGGCGGCUACAAGCUGCGCUCGCGGGGCCUGCGCCAGGUCAAGGGCAAGGGCGCCAUGCACACCUACUGGUUGCUGGGCAAGGACGGCUUCGACGACCCGCUGCCGACACCGCCGCCUCUACAAUCUGAGGAGGUGUUGUUCGAGUCCGAGGACGAGACAACGGCCGAGGAUGGGGGCGGGUGCGGGGGCGGUGGCCAAGGCGGGGAGGGUGCAAUCCCCGCGCCCCCCGCGUCCUCCACCCCCCGGACGCCACGUCCCCUCCACCGCCGCCGCGCGCUUUCCGACGCCGAGGAGGACUACUUCAGUUGGUUACAUUACAGCACAUACAUCGGUUUGUCGUAUCGAUGGCGAAAAUCAGAUAAAUAUACCCCAGCGUCCAUACGCCACCGGCGCAUUAUGAUAGGACCUGCGGCGGCCGCGUGCCCCCCGCGGCAGGAACGGGCGGCUUGGGCGCGCUCGGGCGCCGCGUCCGCCGACAGCAGCCCGCCGCGCGCCGCACCCACCGCACCCCCCGCACCCCCCGGACACGCCCGCUACAGGUGCUUGUCGGGCAGCACGCGCAUCCUGCGCCGCCAGUGGUCGCUGGAGCGCGGCGACGUGCAGGCGGAUAGCGCGGCGCGCACCGAGCUGCGCACCGAGCCGCUGGCGCUGCGCGUGCCCCCGCCGGCGCGCCCCUUGGCACGCUAUCGUACGCGCACGCCGACAGCGGACGAAUCGCGCCUCUCCUAG